AUGUCUAGCACCGGGAGCGCGGCCGGGCCGAAAGUUCGGCUCAAUGUAGUCGCUCUCAUCGGUGCCGGCACGGUGGGGAAGCUUUUGGUCUGCAUCGACGAAGAUGCCAUUGUUGAGGAUCUUGCUUCCAAGAUACGUGCAGCACUGGCUCGGGCGCGAGUGGAGGGCCGUCUCUUAAGGCUGACCAACACCAAGCAGGCACACCUGCCGGGCGAGGAGCGGGUCGGUGAUGUGCUGCGGGAUGGCGAGGAGGUGUUGGCAGUGUUGGUUCGCGAGCCGGAAGACCCGGCUGCGAGGCAGCAGCUGUCCAGCGGCCUGGGCAAUGCCUUGAGUUUCACCAGAGCCGCGGAGUACCUCCCCGCUGAGGCAGAUGCGGCCACCCUGCGACAUGGCAGAGAUGCGUGCAGAGCUACAGUGACGACGGAGCCGCUGAGUGUCAAAUCUGGCUUGGGCACUGUUACGCAGAACCUUCCAGGCCCAGUGGAGAUCUUCGAAGAGGAUGUGGGGCCGGCCACGGGCCCUGCCACGAGCACUGGCAAGGAGCGCAGCCUCUCGCGCCGGAACGCGAACGAGUGGGAGGUGGAGAAGCUCACCUCCAAGCUCCGGGAGUAUGUGGUCGCUCGGUUUCGGGAGAUGCAUGAGAUGCCGGCCGACCCCGGGCAUCACUAUGUCAUUGUAUCUUUGCGACCAAAAGAGACGCCUGGCUCUGUCGUGGCGCCGAUGCCCAUCCACUACAGUGUGGCCCGGGUGGACAUCAUCGAGUUCGAGCGGCUCUGCGGCCGCAGGAUACAGGAGAAUCGCACCAGACUUGACUUCUUCAAGAGGUGCCUCGAGGCAUUGCAUUCCUUGCUCGACCGGGGAGCCAGCCGUGAGGACUACGCACCGAACAUGCUGCCCUACAGCUACAAACCUGGCGAGGAGUUCUCGAGCUUGCUCCACGAGGUGGAUGAGAGCAGCUUUGGCCAGGUCGAAGGCUUUAGGCCUUUGAUCGUCAUCGACACCGCCGGCGCUGUGGGGCAGCACCUGGUCUUCGUAAAGGCGGCCAUCAAGCGCCUGAUGUAUUCCUUCAUCGUGGCGAAAAGCAGGUUCAACAUCAUUGCCUUUACUUCCAAGGGCAGCCCAGUGGCAUGGGAGGAUCGCCUCAUGCCCCCGGCGGCCCAAAAGCUCCGCGAGGCAGAGCAGUUUAUCGACAAGUUGCAGCCGUCCAAGAGGUCUGACAUUUUGGAGGCCAUGCGCUGGGCCUUGGAGAGCGGAGAUGCUGACACCAUCUACUUGCUCACCUCCGGCUUUCCCAAGCGAGCGGACGUGGACUACUGCCGAGCAGACAUUCGCUCGCGGAACCUGCGGCAGCUGCCUCUUCAUGUCAUCGGCGUGGAGUGUGCGGCCCGGGCGGAAGUGGAGCUGCGGAGGCUCGCCGAGGAGAACCGCGGCACCUUCCGGAAGAAGACCUUUGAAGCCACGUCAACGGCCUCGUGCUACAACGAGAUGGCGAAUGCCAUGAAGCCGUGUCUACCAGCAGUCCGCACCGACCAGCGUCUGUCUAUCGGUGGCCAAGUAGAGAUCCUGGAAGUGAUGGUCAAAGAGCAAGAAGUCCAGACCACCGACUGGCUGGAGGAGCAAACGUGCGCAAAUCGCAUUUUGCUGUCUUCUGCCAGCCAGCAGCCGGUGCCAGAUCCUCAACAAGCUCGUUACGCGGCGGGGCGCUUGGUGGUCAACGAGCUCAACCGCUGCGCCCCACCCCCCCUCCGAGAGCUGCUCACGCCGAACCCGCCGAAGGGCCGCGGCCGGGGGCCCUCGCGGCCCUCGCGGCCCUCGCGGCCUGGAGGCCGAGAGAAGUGCGAGGUGCGGCGGCCCUCGGUGCACAACCCCUGGGACCGACCUAGCGGAGUUCUGAAGGCGUCCCAGGCAACCAUGGGACGAGUGCAUCAGAUUGUGGUGGAGAACUUCAAGUCUUACCAGGGGAAGGUGACCAUUGGUCCCUUCAGGAAGUUCACCUGCAUCAUUGGGCCCAAUGGUGCUGGCAAGUCCAACCUUAUGGACGCCAUCAGCUUUGUGCUCGGGGUGCAGGCGCGUCAGCUCCGGGGUGAGCGAGCGCGCGACCUGGUGUACCGGACCGAGAAGGAGGAUCCCAAGAAGAACCAGCGCGUUGCGUAUGUGGAGCUCUCAUACGUGGAUGAUGAGGUGGAGGGCGAGCAAGUGCUGGUGUUUCGCCGGGUGAUCUCCCGCACCGGCGAAGCCAAGUUCCAGGUGAACAACGUCUCCAUGUCCCAGGCAGACUACCUGAAGCGGCUGGAAGGCAUCAACAUCUUGUCGAAGGUGCGGAACUUCCUGGUCUUCCAGGGGGAUGUGGAGGCCACCGCGCAGCGCCAGGGCAAGGACUUGACCGCCUUCUUCGAGCAGAUCUCGGGAUCGGAUUCUUUCCGCCAGGAGUACGAGAGCUUGGCCUCUGAGAAGAACAAGCUCGAGGAGCGAGCUAGGUAUCUCUUCUCGAAGAAGCGCAGCGCGGUGAACGAGCGAAAGCGAGUCUCCCAACAAAAGGAGGAAGCGGACGAGUACAAGCACCUCCAAACGGUGCGGAAGGACUUGCAGCGGGAGUUCACUUUGUUUCGCCUGCACGGCUUGACGUCGCAAAUGGAAAGAGCCAAGUCAACAAGAAGCGAUGCCAUCAAGGAUCGAGAGGCCAUCCGCACUCAGAUGGAGUCCGAGAAGCAGAAGUUCGAGGAGGCAGAUCGCAGCAGGGCUAAAGCUCGCCUGGAGACACAGCAGGUGGAGAAGCAGCUGGGCGGGGUCAAGGCGAAGUUGGAGAAAUUCCGUCCUGAGCGCGUCACGGUUCAGAGCCGCUUGUACUUCCUCCAGCAGAGGCUAGAGGAACUCUCGCAGUCAUCACGACGGGAUGGCCAGAGGCGGGGCAAGUUGGAAGAGCAGCUGGCAGCCAUUCGAGCCGAGGAAGCCAGGCUGGAGGCACAGCAAGAGGCCCUCAAGCAGGGCUUGGCGGAGCGCAAGGUGAGCUUCACGCCCGCGCAGCUCAAGGACUUUGAGAAGGCGAAGCAGGAGACGGAGAAGAUCACCGCGGGCUCCUCGGACGCCCUGCGGCAGCUGGAUCACCAGAUCCGCGCCCUGCGAGCCGAGCGCAUCCAGUCAGAGGGGGAUGAGCGUGACGCGUUGGCGCGGAGGAAGCACUUGCAGCAGCGGCUGCAGGAACUGGCCGAGGUAGAGUCAUCGACAGGGAGCCUGGUGGAGAGAGGCCAAGGGAUGCAAGAGGACAAGGCCCAGCAGCUCGCGUCAUUGCGGGGCGCCAGCGAAAGUCGUGCAGAGGAGAAGCAACAGCUGCAGCAGGAGCGGCAGCAGCUGCUGGAGGCCAUCCAGGACUUCACGGCCUCUGAGCAGCAGCUGGAGCGGGAGCGCGAGAUCAGUGCCAUCUGCGCCUCACUGAUGGAAAACCACCCCGGGGUGUACGGGCGCAUCGUGGAUCUUUGCAAGCCCUCGCAGAAGCGGCUGCACGUAGCGGUGAAUGUGGCCAUUGGCAAGUUCCUGGACGCCAUCGUGGUGGACGACAGCGAAACGGCAAAAGCAUGUGUGCGCUACCUGAAGGAGCGAAUGCUGCCGCCCAUGACCUUCCUGCCCAUGGCAGACUUGCGAGUGCCCGCCCUCGACCCGCGCCUGCAGAACCUGGUGCACAGCCAGCGAGGACUCCGGUUGGGCCUGAACUGUGUCUCCUUCGACGAGAUGUACGCGAAAGCCUUCAACUUUGUCCUUGGGGAUGUCGUGGUUGCGGACACCAUGGCGGAUGGUCGGCGCGUGGCCUUUGAAGAGUCGCGGAAGUUGAAAGUCUCCUGCAAGGUUGUGACACUCGUGGGGGAGGCGAUUGCCAAGAAUGGAAACCUGUCCGUGAACUCGGAUGCUACACAAGAAGGUGCGACUCGCUUCGACCUCUCCGAGAUGGAGGCCACCAAGGCGCGCUUGGAUACGCUGGACCGGCGGCUGUAUGCGAUCCACUCUCUGGAUGCUGCGCUGGGGCCCGACCUGGCGGCCUUGGAGCAGGAGGCGCGAAAGGCGGAGGCCAAGUCCGCGGAGGCGUCGGCGCGGCUGCAGCGGUGCCAGGGGGAGUUGGCGCAGAAAACCCAAGAGCUGAAGGAGCUUGAGGUCUCCCUGGGCAGCCUGUCGCCCGAGGCGCGACGUUUGGCCACGGAGGAGGCACCACUCUAA